AUGCUUGUUCUUACUGAUGCGGUUUGCGUUCGCGUACUGUGUAGUGAAAAACUACUAGUCGCAAAUGGAAAUCAAUUGCUGCUGCUGUUCUUGACACCGAGUUGUAAAACGAGACGAACUAUUGUUCCCACGCCGCGGCUGAUGGAUAAAAUACACGGAAUUGAAACGUGCAGCAUUGGAAAUGAAAAAUUUCUAGUGAUAUUUCAUGCAGGGCGAGAAGCCUACAGUACUACAUUGGACUGCAAAACGUAUACAUUUUCCGAAUGUACACGCAUCUCUAUCUCAGAGGAGGUUUGCUUCCAACCAGUUCCUCAUAUACGCCGUCGAGUCAACGAUUGGAUUAGUUGCAUAUCGCUACUAUCUCCGACACAGCUCUGUAUCGUCACUAGCCAUGGAGUGGCAGUGCUCUUAGAACGUAAUAAAAACCUUGACAUCGUGCAAUGGGAUUUCGUCGAAAAAACAGCCUGCGAGGAUGGUUCUACACUGUACUGUUCAACCAUCAUCGGUCAGCGAUGGGAGGAAGCUCUGUGCUUCUCUGGAACGGCUCUUGGGUUAUUGUUAGUGUGGUCUGUUGCCGGCAGCAAAAACUGUCGAGGCAAAGUUUUGGCGAGUGUCUCGGCUCACAAUGGCGUAAUUUUUUCUAUAGCCUGUGAUUUAAGCUCCGGCUUGCUGACAACAACUUCUGACGACCGUUCCGUAAAAUUUUGGAAUAUAAAUAUAGAACGCAAUGGGGGUGAUAUAAAAGGAGUGAUUCUUCGCGAAGAACGAUAUUGUUUCGCUCAUACUGCAAGAGUAUUCCAGUGCCGCAUAAUCAAAAGUGCUUCUCAAACGUUGGUUGCAUCGAUUGGAGAAGAUUCUCAUCUUUGCCUAUGGAAUCCUAAUGGUGAUUUAUUGCUUAAGAAACGUCUAGACGAGGGUCCUACUUUGUGGAGCAUGGAUUAUGAUGAUGAAAAAACCACAAUUUUCGUUACUGCAAGUAAUGGAAAUCUACACAAAUAUUGUAUUAGAGACUUUGUGGAUGAGAAUAGUGUGCAAUUCAAGAAUUGUAGCGAUUUGGUAGAUAUAAGCCCCGUAUUGGAAACUAACGAGCAUUUAGCAAAAGUUAAAUUCUUGCACAACGGGUCUAUAGUAGGUGUGACGAACAAAAAUUCUGCCAUUGUACUUGACAAAACUGGUAAAAUUGUGUGUACCCUGAAGCAGAUGGAAUUCAAAUGUAGCAUCGUCGAUGCUGAAGAAUUUCAUCUUUUUCUCGCCGGUAGCAAAUGCAUUCAUGUUUACGAUGUGUCUGAAAAUAACUACACAACUUUGAAAACUUGUAAAAGUAUAUCGUUUGUCCAAGACGCUUUUAAUACUACUACACUAGAAUAUAGCACGCAAGAGGGCAUCAUACGAUCAUUGAAUUAUUGCACGCGGUCUAAAACUGUUGCCGUAUGCGAUGAAAGUGGACGAUGUCUGAUAUUAGAUGAAUGGCUGACAACUGUGCGCUCCUGCCAUAGAAUUCCAAAGUCGUCUGAAAGAUGGAUAACAUCCUUCGUUGCUCUCAACGAAGAGUUAUUACUUCUCGCCGAUCGCUCCGGACACUUGUAUCUGUUUGAUCGACUCCAAGUAGAUCCGAUCUUUCAAUUGGCCAACGUCCAUGGCAAACUUGGCAUUACAUCGAUUACUGUCGAUGAUGCGCUUCUCACUGACGAAGGAUAUCAUUUGAAAACAACGGGCCAUGAUGGAAGAAUCUAUGAACUAUUUGUCAAUGUUAUCGAGCGAAAGUUAGAAGUACUAGUAUUUUAUAAAUCUCUCAUAGGAUGGAUCGAUCGCACUUUAUGUUAUGACAACAGACGACUUUACCUAGGAUUUAAUGGUUCUCAUUUCGUUAUGGCCGACGAUUGUAACGAAAUAUACACACAAUUUGACUGUGGUGGAGGUCAUCGCUGUUGGGAUGUUUUUUACAAUCAGUACUCAAAGACAUUAACAUACGUAUUUAUUCAGCACAAAAGAUUAAAAAUGUUUGAAUAUAUGGCAAGGACAAACACGGGCACUGAACUGAAAUUGCCGCGAUUCAAUUGGCAUACACGAGCUUGCAAUACAUUGGAAAUUGCCCGCUGGGGCGACUUUUGUUUGCUCCUUUCUGGGGGAGAAGAUAACAUUCUACGGAUAAAUACGCUGGCCAAUGGCGAAAUACUUGAAGACCCUCGCAAACAUUUAUUCAAUCACAUCUCGAGCAUUAAAACGAUCGUACUGAGAAAGCACAAUGAAAACGAUACCUUGAUCAUGGUAUCGGCCGGAGGAAGAGCGCAGAUAUGCGUGACGAGUAUCGAUUUAAAAAGUUUCCGGAUCAAACAAGAGUGUGAGUACAUGCUUUUGGCAACAGAUUUAGAGCGCAGUCGAUGGAAAACAAAUCGCAGAUCAACCAUCGAUCCGGAAACAAAAUUUAUGUGUGCUGCUUUAAUCCCGAAUGAUAGGAUUGUUUUUGGAUGCUCUGAUGGGUUUGUGCGAAUUUUUCAAGUAGUGUGUUGUGAUAGACAGUGGUCGGUGUCACCGAUAUGUGAAACGUUUUACGGCCGAUGCAUACUUCAGGUGAUGAGCAUGGAUAUGCAUGGAGAUACCAUUUUUGUUACCAUGGCAACCGACGGUUAUAUAUGUUUUUGGAAUGUUUCUACACCCAAUGAACCAGUAUAUCGAACCCGUCAUCAUAGUAGCGGAGUAAAUGCGGCCGAUGUGAGAGAGAUGGAUGAUGGAAAGGUACUGAUAGCCACUGGCGGUGAUGAUCAGUCAAUAGUGGUAUCUUUGUUCGAAAUAUCAAAGAUUGAGGGCCAGCUUCAAAUUCGAUUAGUGUGGCAAGUAAGUGAAAAAUAUUUACAUACAGCUCAGGUGACAGGGUUAAAGUUGCUAGACAUAGAAAGAUUGAUAAGUGUAGGAGUUGAUCAACGAGUAUAUGUCAGCAAAUUUAGUAGCUGCACGCAAUUCGAAGUCAUAAGCAGCACAAACACUUGUGUGUCGGAUGUGAAAGGGUUGUCUUUACUGCCUAACGAAAAUAACUUAAUUAUAUAUGGUUGCGGCAUAGAAAUUAUAAACCUAUCAAACUUUUCGAAUGUUCAAUAA